AUGGCAUCUGAAGCCUCAGCCAGUGAGGGCUCUAAGUCGACAUUUACUGAGGAGGAAGAAAAGGAGAUAUUCAGUCACCCGUUCUUUGCCCACUCGGCGGAAGAAAUGGAGGGCAAUCCAGCUUACGAGGCCCUCCGCACCCUCAAGUACGAAAGUGAUGACCCCAACGCCAAUGCGGAAAGCUUUAAAGAGGAGGGAAAUUACUAUGUGAAGCAGAAGGACUACGAGAAGGCUAUCACCGCCUAUACCGGCGGUAUUCUUGCCAAACCCACCAAUAAGAAACUCCUUGCUGUGCUCUACACUAAUCGGGGAAUCGUACAUGGGCUGAGAAAAAACCAUGGCUCGUGUGUGAAGGACUGCAACUGCGCGAUUAAGCAGGAUCCUACUCAUCUCAAGGCCUAUUUCCAGGCGGUUAAAUCGUUGAUGAUUCUGUCAAAACCUGUAGAGGCUAUGGAGUUAUGUGAGGCUGGCUUGAAAGUGGCGGCAGAUAACAAGACACUAGAGGAACUGAAAACAAAAGCGAUGAAUUUGCAGGCGGUGAUAGCAGCAAAGGAGGAGAAGAAACAAGGUGCAGUGAAGGAGAGUCAUAGCAAACUGUCGGGUGCGUUUAAACAGCUCGCGGCACGUGGAAUCGUCAUCGACUUCGAACAGCCACCGGUGGGUCUACCUGAGCACGCAGCCGUGGAGAUCUCCUUCGAUCACAUGAACCUUAUUCAUUGGCCCGUCCUCUUUAUGUACCCCGAGUUUAGUCAGACCGACUUUGUGCAAGAUGUCGCUGAGUACCUCACGAUUAGAGAAUGCCUGAAACAUGUCCUCAAUCCAUCCGAACCUCCGCCAUGGGACAAGGCGAAGGCUUACACGACUUCUGAGGAUGAACUGGAGGUUUACUUCGAGGACACAAAAUUUGCCAAGCAAAUGGUUGAAGUGCCUAUCACUCGCACCAUAACUGAGCUAACUAAAUGUCCUGGGUUUUACGUGAGGCGAGAUCUCGGAGAUCCAGAUGUUGUGCUUCUCUUCCUGCUCGGUGCGUUGUUCGAGUCAGCGGUGGCAGGGGACACCGAGGCCGUGACUACGUACAUUCCACCCUGUCCCGUGGCCUACUUCAUGAUGGAGACUGACUUCAUGGCCUUCUUGAGCGGGCAGCACACCAGUCUGGGCGAUGGUCACACCGCCCAAGAGCAUGUUCAACUUCCUGUCAUUGCGGAUGGGCAACUUGGGCACCUCGGCAGGCAGUUCACGCCCAUCCGCAUACUUUGUCCUCGUUUCCGACUCCACUUGACUCUGUCCUCCUUCGCAAUUAUGCACAUUCUUUUUCAUUACGUCCAUUUUAUCUUCCUCUUUCAAGAGCAUCAUCCGCGACACGAGUACGCGGAGCGCAAGACCGUCACUGCCAUGGGCGUGGUCUGCGCCUUCAAGCGCCAGAGUCGUAUGCAUUACAGCCUCGGCAGCUAA